UUCAUUUUAAGUUGGUAUCAAAUUGUCAAGCGACCUUAUAAAGUUAGGUUAUAGAAUAGAUUACGGUUUGUUGAUCAAGUACAAUUUCUAAGCAAUAAUAUUGUAUAAUUUAAUAAAACAAAAUGCCUUUGGAUAUAACAGGCUUUGCAUAUGCUGCUGUGGUUGCAGCUGGAGGCAUUAUGGGUUACUACAAAGCGGGAUCAGUGCCAUCUUUAGGUGCUGGAUUAUUAUUUGGAACCGCUCUUGCAUAUGGAGCGUAUCAAGUCAGUCAAGACCCAUCAAAUUAUUCAACUCAACUUGCCACCAGCUCAAUACUAGCUGGAUUCAUGGGCUACAGGUUUUACAAUUCUGGAAAAAUUAUGCCUGCCGGUAUUGUAUGUGCCAUGUCUGUGGCAAUGAUUGUAAGGAUUGCUGUAAAUGCAUCGGGUUUAACUGAUAGGAAAAUAGUUCGUUGAUUUGAAAUCAGUUAAUUAUAAUAAUGUAAUCUUGUGUUCCUUAUAGAGUAGGUAUUGUUGCAACUAGUAUAUGAAUGUGUAAUAAGCAAUUACUAAAAGUAGUCUUCCCAAUAAGAUGUUAAUUUUAACUUAGUUGACUUAAUUUUUAAGAUAUUAAAAUUAUUUUUGAUUUUUAUGUGCAUGUCAUGGU